CAGCUACCAAAUAACAAAGAACAAGUCUUGCAACGUUUCAGGUCCCUACAGAGGUCUCUUAAAGUAAAACCUGAGAUGAGACAGCAUUUCUUUGCAUUUAUGGGAAAGGUAAUCCAAAAUGGCCACGCAGAGAUAGCUGCACCAGUAACCAUUCAAGGGAAAGUUCUUCUUCGUGAUCUCACCUCUGAGACUCAAGAUUGGGAUGCACCCCUGCCUGAAGGUAAGAGACUGUCAUGGGAAGAUUGGAAAGAGUCCCUUCACCAUUUGAAGCACAUACAGGUAACUAGACCCUAUGUAUCUGUUUCUUGUUCUAAUGCUAAAUACAAAGAACUUUGUGUGUUUUCAGAUGCUUCCACGCAAGCAAUUGCAGCAGUGGCCUACUUAAAGGUGAUAGAUUCUGAAAGUCAGGUCCACAUAGGUUUUGUGCUAGGAAAAGCUAAGUUAGCCCCAUGUCCAGAACUUACAGUCCCACGACUCGAACUCUGUGCAGCAGUCCUCGCAGUGGAUAUAGCUGCAUUCAUAACAAAAGAAAUUGACACCAAUAUAGACUCUGUCAGCUACUUCACAGACAGCAGAAUAGUUUUAGGCUACAUUUGCAAUGAGAAAAGAAGAUUUUAUGUCUUUGUUAGCAACAGAGUUCAGCGAAUAAGAAGAUCCUCUCUCCCUGAACAAUGGCACUAUGUGUCAACAGAGAGCAAUCCAGCUGAUCUGGCCACAAGAUCUGUAUCAGCAGCACACCUGAAAGAUACUAUGUGGUUCACAGGUCCACCCUUCUUGAGUCAUUCUCACCACUUGAAACUAGAGACUGAAACCUUUACAUUAGUGGAUCCGGCUCAAGAUACAGAGAUUCGUCCACAAGUUACAACCUUGAGUACAACAUCCAAAGGUAAAGAACUAGGGUCUGAACGUUUUUGCAGGUUCUCUAGCUGGAAUACUUUGACGAGAGCAUUAGCACACCUCAUUCAUGUAGCGCAUCUGUUCAAACAAAAAAGAGACAGCCAACUUGAUCAUUGUAAGGGCUGGCACCUUUGCAAAGAACUAAACUUGGUGCAAUGACUUUAAGAAAGCUAGAACAGUCAUCAUACAGAAUGUUCAAAAAGAGACUUUUGCAAAAGAAAUACAGAGCAUUUUAGAAAAGGAAGGCAUGCCAAAUGAUAGUCCUCUCAGAGCAGGACUAGAUAGAUGAAAAUGGACUACUGAGAGUAGGUGGUCGCUUGAGAAAUGCAGACCUAGGACCAGAAGAAAGGAAUCCAAUUAUUGUGCCUGAACAGAUCCACCAUUCACUCACAUUGGCCUUGAUGUAUUUGGGCCAUGGACAGUCUGCUCAAGACGUACACGAGGAGGCUCUGCCGACAGCAAAAGAU